AUGUUCCGAGCUCACUUAAAUGCAGCAGGUUCUGAUGAACCAACAAAUCCACCUUUAGUGUUCCUUGACCAAACUCUGAUAGUAUUUGAUGUUGAACAAAGAAAGAAUGCAUCACAAAUCCUUCACCUCAAACGCAUGCCAAAAAUCGGUUUAGUUUCCUAUAGAUUUCAGACGAAUGCACCUACAAGGUAUAUAGUCAACCCCAACUGCGGAAUACUAUCAGAUGAUAAUCCUAUUCCGAUAAAAAUUGAGCUCGUUGGCAAUCGCUUCAAUCCACAACACAAACUUAUUUUGCAAGCUGCUCUCAUAGAAAACAAAGAUGAUUGGCAAAGGUCAUUACUGCUCUCCACCGUAGAACAACGGCUCGACGAUCGAGCCGAGCGAGUUGAUCUGUCGAAUCAUCGAUUGGCAGAAUUCCAACGAAUAGCUCGGCUUUAUUUCACUAUGCAGAGAACCCCGGGUAUUUUUAUAAAUAAACUGUCGAACAUGCAGGAUUAA